UUUAGCUGUGUCGAUGAGGUAAACAACCGCAGUGUAGCUUGGCUGUAUUUGUCCAUAAAAUAUAUAUUUCCAUUUCAUUUUGAACAAGCCUUAAGUUUUGCUUUGUAAAGCGGUUCUCUCUAGACCAUGCCCCACAACCCCGAUCAUCCUCCGGCGAAGAAAUUUAAGCCGGGGUCUCCUUUUUUCCGUCUUGACAAGAAGCCUGGGAUGCUGCUACCUAGAAAGGAAAAUGCAUCGGUACCAAUAGACGUGCAAAGGAAAAAUCUUCCCAUUUACCAGGCGAAGUCUCAACUCAUUAACCAGCUUAGACAGCUUCAUAGUGCUGUAUUGAUAGGUGAGACGGGUUCUGGGAAGACCACCCAGAUUCCUCAGUACCUGUAUGAAGCUGGCAUCGCGCGACAGGGCAUCGUCGCUGUGACACAGCCACGCCGAGUGGCAGCUAUCUCCCUGGCAACGCGGGUAGCAGAGGAGAAGAGAACUCAGCUGGGGAAGCUGGUUGGCUACACGGUGCGAUUUGAGGAUGUCACCUCCUCGGAGACGAAGCUGAAGUUCAUGACAGAUGGUAUGCUCCUGCGUGAGGCCAUAGGAGACCCCUUACUACUACGCUACACCGUGGUGGUGCUGGAUGAGGCCCACGAGCGCACUGUGCACACUGACGUGCUUUUCGGAGUGGUAAAGGCUGCCCAGCGCAAACGCAGAGAACAGAACAAGAUCCCCCUCAAGGUGAUUGUAAUGUCAGCCACCAUGGACGUGGACCUGUUCUCUCAGUACUUCAACAAGUCUCCUGUGCUGUACCUGGAGGGCAGGCAGCACCCCAUCCAGAUGUACUACACCAAGCAGCCCCAGUCAGACUACCUGCAGGCUGCACUGGUGUCAGUCUUCCAGAUCCAUCAGGAAGCCCCUGCGUCACAUGACAUCCUGGUGUUCAUGACAGGACAGGAGGAGAUAGAGGCGCUGGCUCGUACCUGCCGUGACAUCGCCAAGCACCUCCCUGACAGCUGUGGUCCCAUGACUGUCAUCCCCCUGUACGCCUCCCUACCCCCUUUACAGCAGCUCAGAGUCUUCCAGCCUGCACCGAAGGGUUGUAGGAAGGUAAUCCUGUCAACCAACAUUGCAGAGACGUCGAUCACCAUCUCGGGGAUCAAAUACGUCAUUGAUACAGGCAUGGUGAAAGCAAAGCGUUUCAACCCAGAGAGCGGUCUGGAGGUGUUGGCAGUGCAGCGGGUAUCUAAAGCCCAGGCGUGGCAGAGGGCGGGCAGGGCUGGCAGAGAGGACUCCGGCUCCGUCUACCGUCUCUACACCGAGGACGAGUUUGACAACCUCAUCCCCAUGACCGUGCCUGAGAUACAAAGGUGUAACCUGGCCAGUGUCAUGCUACAGCUUCUGGCUCUGGGGAUCCCUGACGUGAUGAACUUUGACUUCAUGUCUAAGCCUUCUCCUGAGGCGAUGCGUUCGGCGGUGGAGCAGCUGGAUCUGCUAGGGGCUGUAGGGAGGAAAGGUGAGCAGGUCACCCUCACUCCUCUGGGCAAGAAGAUGGCCAGCUUCCCCCUGGAGCCACGCUAUGCCAAGACCAUCUUGCUGUCACCAGACUUCCAGUGUUCUGAGGAGGUGCUGACCAUCGUGUCUCUGCUGUCUGUGGACACGGUGCUCUAUAACCCGCCCGCACGCCGAGAGGAGAGUCUCGCCGCACGCAAGAAGUUCACCACCAGCGAGGGAGAUCACUUGACACUGCUCAACAUCUACAGAGCCUUCAAGAAAGUAAACGCCAACAAGGAGUGGUGUCGGGAGAACUUUGUCAACAGCAGGAACAUGAGCAUGGUUGGAGAGGUCCGUGCACAGCUCCGAGAGAUUUGCCUGAAGCUGAGCAUGAAGCUGGAGUCGUGUGGGUCGGACACGGGGAGCGUGCGUCGCUGCCUGGCCCACGGUCUGUUUAUGAACGCUGCAGAGCUGCAGCCAGAUGGCAGCUACACGGCCCUGGAUACCCACCAGCCUGUUGCCAUCCACCCCUCCUCUGUCCUCUUCCAGGCCAAGCCUGCUUACGUGGUCUUCAAUGAGCUCCUGCACACCUCCAAGUGCUACAUGAGGGACCUGUGUCUGGUGGAUGCUGAUUGGCUGGUCGAGGCCGCGCCUGAGUACUUCCGCCGGAAGCUACGCCCCACCAAGAGCUAGCCACUGAUUGGACAGGACUCUGGGGUGACGAGAGACUACAGCAGAACCAAACCUCCCUGAGCAGUGACACACCUGACCCACGUCUCCCUCGGUGUCAAUAGGAACUGGAUGGAGGCAUGAUGGGAAGAACAUCUUUCUACUCUUUCCUGUUUGCUGAAUCGCUCGUGUCUGUUUACACAAAGCGUAGAAAGACUCUUCAGCACUGCUCGUGUCGAAGACAGAACAUUUAGCAUUUGGUCUGACAGUUUGGCAGCGUUCAGACAAGCAGCCCAAUUCUAAACUUUUUUUCACUAAUUGGUCUUUUUGAAUAAUCAGAUCAGCUCGGAAACAUAUUUGAUGUGAUUGGUUAACAGACCAAUUAGUGGGGGGGGGGACUCAGAAUUGGGCUGCCUGUCUAAAUUCAGCCAAAUAGAGGGGGGUCUGGGUGAGGGUUCUUCUCUGGGUUCUUCUACCUAUUCAUGGGAAAGUGGCCAUGUUUUAUUACAGCAGACGUCUGCUGAACCAUAGAGCUAGAUUCCCCUGACCUAGAUCUGAGGUUACAAACUAAUGUUCCUGUAACUGUGGUUACGAACUGACCUUUUCCUUGUUCAUUCUACUCUCCUCUAGCUGUUGGCUGAUCAUUGCUUGUUGCCACAUAUUUGCUUCACAAUCAGAAAUGAGGUUUCAUCAUGAUUGAGUUCAAACACUGAUUCUAAAUAUCUGCAUGUUUCUUAGCAACAUAGAUUGACUCACAGAAGUGGGAUGGCAUGGUUAUUCCUUCAAACAAAUAUAUUCAACAACUGACUUGAAUUGGCUGUUCAUAUUUAAAUUCUGGCCCCUUGGUCUAACUUAUUGGCUGUUUGUCACUUGCUUAAAAAACGGGGGACAUAUAUAACAUAACUGCCAUUCCAUGUACAUAAUAUUUUCUGUUGACAUAUUGAAAUAUAUAGAUGUAUCACAGGAUUGAAUUAGAUGUUUUAAAGCAGCAGUUUACAUAAACACUUGGGCAUAGGUUGAUUUUUUUUGUCUUGAGUUUAGUCACACACAUCUACAUCAACUACCAGGGAAAUGAGUGAUAUUGCUGACUAAGAU